AAACCUAUAGUCACUUAAGACGAACGCCUUUGAAAACAAAGCGUGCACGCGUACAGGAAUCGGUAUAUUUGAAAACCAGUUAGGACAUAACGCCGUUACUGUUCGCAAACGACAGGCUAUAGUCUCUCAAGUUAACACUCCAGUUUAAAGUGAAUGAAGACAGCCCUCCCUGAACAAGGAUGUUGUCUUUGGCAACGCUAGGCCAAACUGGAGCCAGACGAGUUCUGACAGUGACUUGUAGGAGAUUCAUGAGAGAUGGCAGGUGCCUGUUUACCAGUUUGCCAGAAUCUGUCAGAAACAUGGGCCACUCCUCCUUUAACCAUUACAGAUGUUUUAGUGCCACUGCUGCUAGUUGGAACACUUCAGCAUCACCUACAGUCAAUCAGAAAACACCGUCCUACAGUUAUAUCAUUGUUGGGGCAGGGUCAGCGGGCUGCGUCCUUGCCAAUAGGCUCAGCGAGGAUGCUCAUGAGUCCGUACUGCAGCUGGAGGCUGGGCCAAAGGACAUGGUGUUAGGCAACUUACGACUAUCAUGGAAGAUCCACAUGCCAGCUGCGCUGACCUACAACCUCUGUGAUGACAAGUAUAACUGGUUCUACCACACGUUACCUCAGGCCCACAUGGACAACCGCGUGAUGUACUGGCCAAGGGGCCGUGUCUGGGGCGGGUCCUCCUCGCUCAACGCCAUGGUGUACAUCCGUGGACACGCUGAAGACUACAACCGCUGGCAGAGAGAGGGGGCAGAGGGCUGGGAUUAUGAACACUGUCUGCCUUACUUUAAGAAAGCUCAGUGUCAUGAGCUGGGAGAAAACAGGUACCGUGGAGGCAGCGGACCUCUCCAUGUAUCCAGAGGGAAGACCAACCAUCCCCUUCACAAAGCUUUUAUUGAGGCGGGGCAGCAGGCAGGAUACCCCUUCACUGAUGACAUGAACGGGCACCAACAGGAGGGCCUGGGCUUCAUGGACAUGACCAUUAAUAAAGGGAAGAGGUGGAGCACAGCCAGUGCCUACCUUAGACCUGCCCUGGAUCGACCCAACCUGAAAGCAGAGGUGCGCUGCUUGACAACCAAGAUUCUGUUUGAUGGCAACCGUGCUGUGGGCGUGGAAUACACACAGAACGGAGAAAAGAAAAGAGCGUUUGCAGAUAAGGAGGUGAUAUUGAGCGGAGGAGCCAUCAACUCCCCUCAGCUUCUCAUGCUGUCUGGGGUGGGAAAUGCUGAUGACCUUAAACAACUGGGCAUCCCUGUGGUUCAGCACUUACCAGGUGUCGGCAGUAACCUGCAGGAUCAUUUGGAGCUGUACGUCCAGCAGCAGUGCACUCAGCCUAUUACCCUGUACAAGUCUCAGAAACCUUUCCACAUGGUCAAGAUAGGCCUGGAGUGGUUCACCCGGUUCACAGGUUAUGGAGCAUCAGCCCACUUGGAGAGCGGAGGGUUCAUCCGUAGUCGGCCACAUGUCACACACCCUGACAUCCAGUUUCACUUCCUGCCCUCGCAGGUCAUUGACCACGGACGAGUUGCCUCUAAGAUCGAGGCGUAUCAGGUUCAUGUCGGACCUAUGAGAAGCACCAGUACGGGCUGGCUAAAGCUGAAGAGCGCCAACCCUUUGGAUCACCCGAUUAUCCAGCCAAACUAUCUCUCUACUGAUAUUGAUGUGUGGGAGUUCAGGGAGUGUGUCAAACUCUCCAGAGAGAUUUUUGCCCAAAAGGCCUUUGAGCCGUUCCGCGGCCCCGAAGUCCAGCCCGGUCCUCAGGUCCAAUCCGACGCCGACAUCGAUGCUUUUGUUCGGCGGAAAGCUGACAGUGCCUACCAUCCGUCCUGCACCUGCAAAAUGGGCUCACCGUACGACCCGAUGGCGGUCGUCGACUCAAACACGCGCGUCCUGGGGCUGGAAGGGCUGCGUGUUGUCGAUGCAUCCAUCAUGCCCAGCGUCGUCAGCGGAAACCUGAACGCUCCGACCAUCAUGAUAGCAGAGAAGACUGCUGACAUCAUCAAAGGUCGCCCUCCUCUUGUUGACCCGGGGAUUCCUGUGUACCAACCAGCAACACUCAACACACAGAGAUGAACAGCAAAGGGUAAACAGACCACAACACAGUUUGUGAACAGUUUAUUGUGUGGUAGUUCAUAAUUUUGCCCGGUAAAUGAAUAAUGUGAGUGUGUUGUUUUGUUAACACACCUGAUUUGCACACAUAAGGAAGCUUAGAUGUGUAGCCACAGGUUAGCAGUAAUUAUGAAAGGCUGAUCGAUAAAUUCAAGACCAUAAUGGUGUCAAAUACAAGUAAUUUUAGUAGUUUCCAUGUGAAAUUUUGCCUUAGGGGCUCUGUCACUUCCUUGUUUUUUCAAAAUAACUUUAGUCUUAUGUUCUAAAUACCAAGUCUUUAGUAACUGUAAGUCUGACUUAUUUAUGGUCAGUUGUGUGCUGGCGCUCCAUUAUGGUAUGUCAUGUGGCUGUGAAAGAUCACUGGGAACAUGAUGCAAAACUGCUCAUCUGGAAAUUUGACUUCAUUUGCAUUACCUCGUUGACUACGAGCAAUGAAUCAACUUUGACAUGUUUGUGUAUACCUGUGUGUAGUAAGCUCACAUAUCUUGAACAAAUGAACACUUUUUUAUCACCACAAUAUCCUGAGAUCAAGUCAAUAUGUGUCACAGUUCUGGGGAAAAUAAGAGAAGUGGUUUAUGUCAGAUCAGUUGUCAGUAUGAUAACAUUCCUCUUCCUUCCUGAGAAGUGUUUAUUUGUUUCACACCAGAGACAAACACAGGUAGUUAAGGAGGCUGACCGCAGUGGUUUUCUAAAGAUAUACCAACAGCCUUCCCUCUUUCACUGUUAACUGUGCAUUCCAAUACCCAUACUACCAUAGAACAUACAUAUAGUAUGCCAACACUAACAGGAUGUCCUACUACAUUGCAUUUUGCAGUAUAUAAGUUCAAUGCUAUGUGGUAGUAGUGCAUCCCAGUUAUAGCAAACUGCAUGCAUUAGGAUGUACUUUGUAAGGACAGCUGCAGGACGUACUAAAAGAAGAAAAAUAUUUUUUAAUGCAGCACCUAUUUUCAUCAAGAGACGCAUAUUUCCGAAGCAGGCAUCUCUGCAUCAGUAGAACGAUUUUAUAUACAGGAGCUUUGACAAUCACACGAAGAUAGUCUGGAUCAGGUAGUAAAAAAAAGUCACAACACUCCACCUGGAAUAGUACGACAGUACUGCAGUAUGAAGUAUUACAGCUCGCAGCUUUUGGUUCAGAACACUUGUGUUUAGAUUUUUUUUCAAAAUGUAACAUGGAUGUUUACAGAGAAGCUUCAGAGAAGAUGAUUGUGUAUGACUGAUCAAAUAAUACCAUAUGUGCCUAUAAGAUAGUUAUAAGAUAUACGUUUUUAAGAAUCAAUACAGUAUCAAAAAAACAUAUUAUCGCAAUAAACAGUGUUACUGAUAAAGUGUAUUCAUUUGGUGUCCAGGACAUAUUUGAAUCCGCUUCACUGAAAAUCUUAAGCAUUAAAUAUUGAUUUAUAUUAAAUUCAUGUUUAUUUUAUCAGCUCUAAGGGAAACAGCCAAGUGCUAGAAUGAAUUGUAUUAAGCUUUGCACUACUCUAUAAAGUAUCUUUAAUACAGUGACAAUAAUUGUUUACAUUAUAUGCAGUGUUAUACAAUGUUACUUGAAUGUUUAAAUCACUUGUGUCUUAAUAAAGAAGGAACACAUGGAUUGUAAA